AGCCAGUCAGACCUACUCCCAGGUGACAGUCCUUUUUCAUAGUGCUGAGACGUUCUCCUAGUUUGGGAUGAAUUUAAUCCCUUUGGAAAUCCAUUGCAAAAAUGGCAUUGAUUGCCUAGGACUGGGACUUCAGCCUGAAUUUCCUUUAAGCCAGGGGAAAUUGGUAGAUUUUUAAACAUGAAAUAAAGAGGUUCAGGCUGAAUUUUAAGUCUGAUGUAUUUCAGACUCUGCAAUGAGGAAACUCGAAAGGAGUAAUGAGAAAUCUCAAGUGCUAAUCAUUAUUCAAUACUUUGAUUUCGGUGGCUUUUGUUUUGACAACAGGAAAGAGCUCCAAUUGAUCUGACUUUUGGAUUGUGCCUGCUUGAAUUUCAGGCACAUUCUCUCAUGAGAUAAGGAGGGGGAAGUCCAGCUGGAAUACCAAGUGUGGGCAAGGAUGCAUUCAAGGAGAAAAGGAAAACACUCCACUCCUUCAUCUGCAGAGCUGCACGUCCUGCUGUGGCUCUUCUUGCAUGUGAACAAGUGGGAAAGCCACAAUCUCAUUAUGGAAGAUCAAAUGUGUGAUGUUCUCUGUGGUUUUCUUUAUUUAGAGGCAUUUUUUUUUCUUUUUUUUACAGGAUGUGCCAGAGAUUGGGAUGGUUUAACCUGCUGGCCCAGAGCCACUUUUGGGGAAGUGGUUAAAAUUCCCUGCCCACGAUUUUUCGAAGAAUUCACCAGUACCCACGGUUUCCUUCAGAGGAACUGCACACAGGAGGAAUAUUGGUCAGAGCCAUUCCCACCUUACACCAUUGCCUGUGGGUUUGAUGAAGGUUCCAGCAAAGGACCUGAGGAUCAGAAAUCCUAUUAUUCUGCAUUUUGGCGUGUCUACACCGCUGGCUAUGCAGCAUCUGUGACUUCGCUCAUUACAGCUCUAAUUGUCUUUGCUGCCUUCAGAAAAUUCCACUGCACACGGAAUUACAUCCACAUGCACCUGUUUGUCUCCUUUAUCUUGAGGGCAGUUGCUGUUUUCACCAAAGAUGCUGUUCUGUUUGCAGAUGAAACCAUGGACCACUGCCUCAUGUCCACGGUUGCUUGUAAGGCUGCUGUGGCUUUCUUCCAAUUCAGUAUUUUAGCCAAUUUCUUCUGGCUCCUCAUCGAAGGGAUCUACCUGCAAACCCUGCUGCUGCUGACCUUUGUUUCCAACAAGAAGUUUGUGUGGUGGUUCAUCUUUACUGGCUGGGGAGCUCCCACUGCUGUGAUGUUUGCUUGGGUCCUCACACGAAUCCACCAACAGAACACUGGAUGUUGGGAUGAUGAUGAAAAUGGAGUGGUGUUGUGGAUCAUCAAAGGCCCCAUCCUGCUGACUGUAUUAAUUAACUUUAUUAUAUUCAUUAAUGUGAUCAGGAUUCUGGUCCAUAAAUUGAAAUCCCAAGAGGGAGGAGGGAGCCAUUCAAGCCACUUUGUGCGCCUUGCAAAAUCCACCUUACUGUUGAUCCCCCUCUUUGGGGUGCACUACAUUGUGUUUGCAUUUUUCCCAGAGAGCACUGGCCUGGAGGCUCGGCUCUACAUCGAGCUGGGCCUGGGCUCAUUUCAGGGUUUUGUUGUUGCUCUCCUAUAUUGCUUCUCAAAUGCAGAGGUUCAAACUGAGCUGAAGAAACAACUGUGCAAGUGGCAGCACCAGGAGUACCUGACCUUCCCCCACAGACACGGGGCUCUGUCCAGGGAAACCAGCCCGGUCAACUACGUCACCCAGCUCUCCCUGCUGGACAAAAUCAGCCCCAAGAGGAGAACCUCAGUGCUCCAGGAGGGUGUCACCACUGUCUGAGGGCUCCCAGCAGGAGGGGUUGAUGUGACACUGCAAUGUCCCAUCCCAGAGGUGGCCAGCUGGGUCCUUUCUGUCUUCCCCUGUAAAUUCCUUGUCCUGAGCAGGGGCUGCUGUUCUCACCCGGUACAGAUCUGCAUCACAGCUCUGGCUCUCCUCUCCUGAAGCAUUAAACACUCUUGUUUUGUUGUGAAAAGCCAGGCUUUGAGCUAGAGUGAACUAACAGGUUAGCAAACAAAAAAACCCUGUCUGUAUAGGACACAAAAUAGGCCACACUGACCCCGUGAAUCUCAGAAGGUAAGGAAGAGCAAGCAAGCUGUUUAUUCAAAAUACCAUUUCUUUACAUUCUAUUUACAGAGACCAAUAUGAUUUGUGGGCAAAGUUAACACCCCUUUAACCACACUGGUCAAGCCAGAGGGCCAUCAAGAAGUCCCUCCUCUAAAAGGAAUGGAAAACAUAGAUACAGUUAACAAAACAUCUCUUCUUGUUUACAACAAAUCACCUGGGAAAGAAAUUCCACAAACCAAAACAUCCCAGGCAUGAAAUCAGGGCUACAAACCCCUACAUUAACUCCUCCCAGCACAUUUGUUAUAUAUUUGUUAGCAUUUCCCAAAAUUUCCAGUUUCCAAGACCACAAUUCCUAACCAUCAUUUGAAAAGGUUAUUUGCUGGCCAAGCUUUGCCAUAACGAUUUCUGAUGUUUUACUGCUUGUUUUGAGAUGUCUUGAGACAAUCUAAUGGAAAUUAAGCACAGAAAUCUCAGAAGCAGUUACCUAUAGAGCAGUAACCUGCUUUAAAAAGAAACUCAAACUGUCUUCAGUGACACAAAACACCUCCUUGAUUUCUUUUUUCUUCUUCUAAACCUGUUGAACAGGGGUUAAAUUAGGCCAGAGGAUCCCAAACCCUUUUCUUGUCCAAAGGAAAAUAUGGAAUAGGGGAAUAUCAGGCAGAUGAUGUGGGAAAGAAUAAAUCAGAGCAAAACCAAUACCAGGUGCCAGCUGGGCUCCCUGGGGCUCAGAAUCACUUCCAAACCGAAUCUUAGUGCCCAGAUGUUGGGAUUUUUUUGUGGGACAGAAAAUCAGAACCUUGAAGAUCAAUUGGUGAAACACCCAAUUCUGCCAAUGCCAUAAAAUGAGGAAAGAAAGUGUUUGGACAAAAGUCCUGAUUGCACAAGAAGACCUGGAAAGGGGAAAGGGGAAAGGAAAGGGAAAGGGAAAGGGAAAGGGAAAGGGAAAGGGGAAAGGGGAAAGGGAAAGGGAAAGGAGAAAAAGUAAAGGGAAAAAGAAAGAGGAAAGGAGAAAGGAAAAAGAAAGGAAAUAGGGAAAAAAAAAAAGGAAGGGGAAAUGAAGAAUGUCACCAGGAGAAAAUAAACCUAGAGGAAGUGAAGAGCUCUACAAGCUUUCCAUGGAGCCAUCAUCAUGAUAGCUAUCAAAGAUAAAGCAGGAGAAAAGUCCCCUGUCAGGAAAGUCAGCAACCAUUUCUAAAGGGUCAUUGCUUUAAAGUUUGUGACCUGUCAGAACUGUGUGAAUACAAAUAAAGUCAACAAAGCUACCAAGGAAUAGAAAAACGUGGGGGUGUCAAAGUUUCAGGGGACAGGAUGCACACCCAGCUGUGGGGGCUGCUGAAGCAGAGUGAGCCAGAGCUGUGCCUGCACCGUUCUCUGGGUGACCUUCCUGUGCAGGACUGAGCUGGACUCCACCUCAGCCCCUCCAAAAACAAAGAAAAGGCACAGGAGGUGCAUGAGAUGAGUCAAGACAGGGGUAUUCCCAGGAAAAGCUACAUCAGGCUUGGAGAACACAGCCAUUCACUCCCACUCUGAGUUCCAGUAUCAAUUCAGCGUUAAAAAAACAAUAUUCCAGUCCCUCAGUUUGCUCUGCUUUUGGUUAAUUAUUUAGACCAAUAGAUAUUUGGCUCCUGGAAAUCUCUCUGCUGGUUUUAGGUGCUUCAUCUCUAGUUCUAUUAAAGCAGAGAUUAAUUGUCCAGGCUUCUAUAAAAAUGAUUAAAAUAAGUUAUUUAUUAAUUAAGCAUUUAACCCAUCUGUCACAAUGUCAUAUGUUUGUUGUAAGGAAUAAUUUUGUCUAUUCUGACUUUCCUACCGGCUUUAUUUGUAAAAGUAAUCUCAGUUCCUGUGUUUUGUUGCUGAGCACAGUAAUGAGAAUUUGUGUACAAAAUGUAUGAUGUACAUCUAUAAAAUGCAAGUGGCAAUUACAGCUGUUGUGAGUUUGUGCAUUUAGUUUAUGUCAGUUUGGAUAUUUCAUCUGAGUUUGUGCAUUUAAUUUGUGUCAGUUUGGAUAUUUCAUUUGAGGCUUUAUAAAAUAAAAGGUUAAUAAUCCUGGGGAGUGCUAAGAUUCCUUGGAUAAAUAUUUGAUUGGGGCUGUGGUAAGGAUCCUGAUCCCUUUUUGGUGACACACCCGAGUCCGUGUGGGUGUGUUUAUGAGUCGGGAAUGCUUCAGGCAGGGAUGCUUUGAUGGGAAGGCAGCAGAAGUGUCCCAAACAAUGUUUAGCUGUGCUGUGUGUUCUGUGUGGAGCCACUGCCACCUCCUGGAGCUGGAGGUGUGCAGCCCACAAAGGCAGGCAGGGCUCCCAAACCUCUCCCGAAUGAGUUUUAAACCACUCCCAAAGGGCAGCUGCAAGAAAUCAUUAAAUUACAUCCCCUGCUUUCUCCUCCUCUAAUCCUCCUGAUGUCUUCUGUAGAGUUUAACUCUCCAAAAAUUCUUUUUAAAUCCCUUUACAAACUACACAACACCCCGAAAAGAUCAAACCCUACUUUUUCAGCUGAUUUUUAUGGUGUCGCAGCAAAGACAGUUUGUCAAGGUAACAAAUUGCUAAUUGAGAGUAGAUUUUUAACUAUGAUAAUGUUGUUUUUCAGAAAGCUUGA